AUGGCUGGUUUGGAUUUAGGCAAUCGCUAUAUUCACCAACUUCAAAGACAUGAUUUCAACCUUCAUCACCCGCACCACCACCCUGAUUCUCAAUCUCACCAUGAAGACGAAUCAGAUCAGCCGUUGGAUUUUGUCUCCGCCGCCCCCGCCGCCACUGACAUGGCGGUCUCUCGCCGUCCCCGUGGCCGUCCAGCUGGCUCCAAAAACAAACCCAAGCCCCCGGUUAUCAUUACCCGGGAAAGCGCCAAUACCCUAAGGGCUCAUAUUUUUGAAGUUGGAAGCGGCUGUGAUGUCUUUGAUAGCAUCGCUAUCUACGCCCGCCGCCGCCAGCGAGGGAUAUGCAUCUUGAAUGCCAACGGAAUGGUAACUAAUCUCAACUUACGCCAACCGACCGGCACCGGCGCUGUCUUAAACCUACAAGGGAGGUUCGAGAUAUUAUCGCUUACCGGAUCUUUCCUCCCGCCGCCUGCUCCUCCCGGCGCUACUAGUUUGACUAUAUAUUUAGCGGGUGGUCAAGGGCAAGUCGUCGGUGGGAAUGUUGUCGGAGAGUUGGUGGCUGCCGGGCCAGUAACUGUCAUCGUCGCAUCGUUCGCGAAUGUAGCAUACGAGAGACUCCCACUCGAGGAACAAGAACAAGAACAAGAACAAGAACAAGAACAAGAUCAGAUGCAGCCACCAACGUCGCAGGGUGGCGGCCCGUUUCCAGAUCCAUCUUCAGGGCUUCCUUUCUUCAAUUUGCCUCUAAAUAUGCAGAACCAAAUUCAGCUACCAUUCUAACAAAUCAAUUGGCGUUGAUGUUCAUGG